AUGCCAGCAGACUACAAGUCCGCGGCGCGGAAUCUCUCCAUGCCGAUAUCCCCAGGCAGCGAGCCAUCGACGCCGUCGCCAGGCUCAACAUCCCCGAGCUCGUUUCCAUCGUGGGCGCGGCGCGACCAGGCCCAACGACAAACAUCAUCACCGCAUCAGCAGCAGCAGCAACAACAGUCCAGCAACUCGCGCGCCCGACGCCUCUCGCGGCCGUACUCGCGCAGCUCGCAGCAGACCGAUGGCUCCUCCCACCUCCCGCUGGGGGCGCGGCUCCUGCGCACCUCGACGACGCUCAUGAACCGCGGCAUCCGGCUGGUGGAGCGGCUCUCGCCCCUGCAGCGCGUCCUGGCCGCCGUCGCGGGCCUGGUCAUGCUCGUCCUCACGGUCCUGUUCCUCGUCUACUCGCACCGCAUCUUUGGGGCCCUCAAGCCCGUGGCCGAGGGGUGGCGGGACCUCCGCGGCGGCUGGAUCAUUGUCUGGCUCAUGACCUUUGCGACGGCCUUCCCGCCCGUCAUUGGCUACAGCAGCACCAUCACCGUGGCCGGCUUCGUCUUUGGCUUUCCCGGCGGCUGGCCCAUUGUGGCCUCGGCGACCGUCGCCGGAUCCGCCGUGGCCUUUUUGACCAGCCGCACCAUCUUCUCCGGCUAUGUGGAUCGCCUCGUGGGUGCCGACCGCCGCUUCGUCGCCCUUGGCCAGGUACUCCGUCACGACGGGCUGCUCGUCCUUGCGGGUAUUCGCUUCUGCCCUUUGCCCUAUAGUCUGAGCAACGGCUUCCUAGCCACCAUUCCCAACAUCAACCCGCUCCGCUUCGCCGCAGCCACUGCCCUCGCCACGCCCAAGCUGCUCGUGCACGUCUUCAUUGGCAGUCGCUUGGCGCAGCUCGCCGAGGACGACGACAUGUCUACCGGCGACAAGGUCAUCAACUAUCUGAGCAUGCUGGUCGGUGGCCUCCUGGGCAUGGGCAUUGGCUUGUUUGUCUACCGCAGGACCAUGGCGCGGGCCGAGGAGCUCGCACGCGAGGAGGCGGGUGAAGAUGGUCCCCUCGCUGGCGAUGUAGACUAUGAGGAUCUGGAAGAGGGCGUUUUGCAGAACCACGGCGGUUCGCCACGCGGAGAGUCGGACGCGGCUGCGCUGAUGGAUGACGACGACAUUUCCCUUUGGGAGACGGACGCCAUGGACGAUGGAUAUAGAGACGACGAACAAGACGACACGAACAAUGGUAUUCGAAAGUAA